AUGGUGCUGCCCACCUGCCCCAUGGCGGAGUUCGCGCUGCCGCGGCACAGCGCGGUCAUGGAGCGCCUCCGCCGGCGCAUCGAGCUGUGCCGGCGCCACCACAGCACCUGCGAGGCCCGCUACGAGGCCGUGUCGCCUGAGCGCCUGGAGCUCGAGCGCCAGCACACCUUCGCCCUGCACCAGCGCUGCAUCCAGGCCAAAGCCAAGCGCGCCGGCAAGCACCGGCAGCCGCCCGCCCCGGCCCCGGCCGCCGCCCCGGCCCCGGCCCCGGCCCCGGCGCCCGCCGCCGCCCCGGCGUCCGCAGCGCCGGCCUCGGCCCCGCGCCUGGACGCCGCCGACGGCCCCGAGCACGGCCGCCCCGUCGCGCAUCUCCACGAUACAGUGAAGAGGGGCCUCGAGAGCGCCCCUCCCCCGCAGGACGGUGAGCAGCAGAACGGCUAUGGGGACCUCUUCCCUGGGCACAAGAAGACCCGGCGUGAGGCCCCUCUUGGCGUAGCCGUCGCUUCCAAUGGCCUGCCCCCGGCCUCCCCCCUGGGGCAGCCUGACAAGCCGGGCGCCGAGGCACUGCAGGCCGGCGGGAAGCACUCCCUGGGGUUGGACUCCAUCAGUAAGAAAUGUCUGGCAGACUCGAGCCUCCACUUGAACGGGGGAAGCAAUCCCGGUGAGCCCUUUCCUCUGAGUCUGAACAAAGAGCUGAAGCAGGAGCCCGUCGAUGACCUGCCAUGCAUGAUCACAGGGGCCGGGGGCUCCAUAUCUCAGAGCAACCUCAUGCCUGACCUCAACCUUAACGAGCAGGAGUGGAAGGAGCUCAUUGAGGAGCUGAACAGGUCAGUGCCCGAUGAAGACAUGAAGGAUCUGUUUAACGAGGACUUUGAAGAAAAGAAGGACCCAGAGUCUUCUGGGUCGGCCACACAGACCCCCUUGGCACAGGAUAUUAAUAUUAAGACAGAAUUCUCUCCAGCAGCCUUUGAACAAGAACAGUUAGGCUCUCCACAAGUGAGGGCUGGGUCUGCAGGACAGACCUUUAUGGGGCCUUCAGCUGGCCCCGUGAGCACAGAUUCGCCCAGCUUGGGGGGCGCUCAGCCUCUGUUCCACGCCUCUGGUCAGCCCGGGGCCGACAAUCCCAGUCCCAACCUGAUGCCGGCAUCAGCCCAGGCCCAGAAUGCACCAAGAGCCCUCUCCAGCGUAGUGUUGCCCAGCCAGGGCCCAGGAGGGGCCUCGGAGCUGUCCUCUGCCCACCAGCUGCAGCAGAUUGCCGCCAAGCAGAAGCGUGAGCAGAUGCUCCAGAACCCGCAGCAGGCCGCCCAGGCGCCAGCCCCAGGCCAGAUGUCCACGUGGCAGCAGACGGGCCCCUCCCACAGCCCCUUAAACGUCCCUUAUCCCCUGGAGAAGCCUGCCAGCCCUCCCGGCUACAAGCAAGACUUCACCAAUUCCAAACUGCUCAUGAUGCCCGGAGUAAACAAGAGCUCCCCGCGGCCCGGAGGCCCCUACCUCCAGGCUGGCCACGUGAACCUGCUGAGUCACCCACCACCAAGUAACUUGAAUCAGAGCGCCGUGCCUAACCAGGGCUCGGUGCUGGACUACGGCAACACCAAACCCCUGUCUCAUUACAAAGCUGACUGCGGGCAAGGCGGCCCCGCGUCCGGCCAGAGCAAGACCACCCUCAUGGCUUACCUUCCCCAGCAGCUGCCUCAUCUGAGCAAUGAGCAGAACUCCUUGUUUAUGAUGAAACCAAAGCCAGGGAACAUGCCCUUCCGAUCACUGGUUCCACCCAGCCAGGAGCAGGCCCCGCCCAGCGCCCCUGUGGCCACGGCGGGGAGCCAGCCGCCCGCCGCCUCAGCGGCCAGCACGCGCGGCAGCGCCCCCUAUCUCAGCAGCCCGCAGCAGGCGGCCGUCAUGAAGCAGCAUCACUUGCUUUUGGACCAACAGAAACAGCGGGAGCAGCAGCAGAAGCAUCUGCAGCAGCAGCAGUUCUUACAGAGGCAGCAGCACCUUCUGGCAGAACAGGAAAAGCAGCAGUUCCAACGCCACCUGACGCGCCCACCUCCCCAGUACCAAGACCCAGCCCAGAGCACCUUCCCCCAGCAGGUCGGGCAGUUCGCAGGGUCCUCCACUGCUGUGCCUGGCAUGAACAACUUGGGGCCAUCUAACUCCAGCUGUCCUCGAGGGUUCCCGCAGGCCGGGAGUCUGAUGCCGAUGGGCCCCGGGCACACUUCGGUUUCCUCGCUCCCCUCAAACUCAGGCCAGCAGGACCGGGGUGUGGCCCAGUUCACUGGUUCCCAAAGCCUGCCACAGGGCGGUCUCUACGGCAUGGCCUCCAGCAUCACCCAGAUCGUCGCCCAGCCCCCGCCACAGGCCACCAACGGACACACCCACAUCGCACGGCAGACCGGCGUGGGCCAGAACACCACGGUCUCUGCGGCCUAUGGGCAGAACUCUCUGGGGAGCUCUGGCCUCUCCCAGCAGCACAAUAAGGGGACCCUGAACUCUGGCUUAACCAAGCCACAAGUCCCGAGGGUGUCAGCCACUAUGGGAGGCCAGAACCCCUCGUGGCCACAUCAGGGCCUGCCGAACUUGAGCGGCCAGACCCCAGGGAGCAGCACCGUGAGCCCCUUCACGGCAGCCUCCAGUUUCCACAUGCAGCAGGCCCACCUGAAAAUGUCCAGCCCCCAGUUCUCCCAGGGGAUGCCCAGCAGGCCCAUGGCCCCCAUGAGCUCGGCAGCUGCGGCGGGGUCCAUGCUGCCCCCGGUGAGCGCGCAGCAGAGGACCAGUGCCCCCGCCCCAGCACCUCCCCAGGGAGCCCCACAGCCGGGCUUGCCGGGCCUGAGCCCCGGCGGGCCUGAGCUGGGGGCCUUCAGCCAGAGCCCGGCGCCACCGAUGGCAGGCCGGGCGGGACUGCACUGCGCUCAGGCCUACCCCGUGCGGACAGCGGGCCAGGAGCUGCCCUUCACCUACAGCGGGCAGCCGGGUGGCAGCGGGCUGGCCAGCAUGGCCGGAGAUGCCGACCUGAUCGACUCCCUGCUGAAGAACAGGACUUCAGAAGAGUGGAUGAAUGAUUUGGACGACCUUUUAGGGCCUCAGUAACUGGAGGGUUUGCAGUGUUCUCAGUGUUCAUACAGCCUGUAUUUUUGUUCUCAGAUUCAAGAAAGAGCAACUACUUGGGACCAAAAGCCCGUGGCCCGGGGAACCGGGCAGGGGGCGGGGGGGCUAGAGCUGCAGGGCUGAGGCGGGCCCCGGCCAGGGUCUGCGGGGGCCCCCCGGCUCCAGCCAGCAGUUGCGGUCGGUCGGGCUGGCCCCAGCCCCUCCGCUGGUAUCCGUUGCCUGGUGUCGGGACAGCGGGACGCGGUUCUACGGGUGGUUUUCAAGCCAAAUGACCAAAAAGCCCAACAGUAAGAACAGUGAAACCCCACGAUGUCAGGCUUACAAAAAUCUGUGCCGUCGUGUUGACUUAAUCCAAGAUUUCUCCACUUGCCCCCAUGCUGGGGACAGGUUUCGUUGCAAUUUCAUAUAGCAGAACUCUUUACAAUUUGUAGCAUAGAAACGAUUAAAAUUUUUUUUUAAAGAUUUGAAGACUGCUUAGGAUAGGUGGUGGUUUAAACCGAUUGGGUGGCUUUGGGAACUGAGGGUUUCCUUGUGGUCCAGAGCCUUUCUUAUUCCUGCUCUUUGUCCGCUUUAGGGGAAAGGGAGGGUCCCUGGGAACUUGUUUCCGGCAGCGCAGCCUGAGACCGUGUGUGCCAAAAAGGAACAGGAUGCGUGAGGUAGCAGAGCUGGGGACACAGAUGCGGCCCCCCCGCCCCCCCCCCCGCACUUACGACGGCCAGCCCCCAGGCAGCCCCCGGGCUACGGGCUGAAAUGGAACGCUCGGGGUGCCUGUGUCCCCUUUCUCGUCGUCACUCCCCACCUUCUGCUGUUUCUCUGAAAACGGAUUUAAUGUGUCAGGAAGGUGAUCCUAGCUGAGCUGUGCACAGAGGUCUUCACCCCAUCUCCAGUUUCUGUGACCUUCCUGCCUCCCCUUCUUUGUCUCUCCGGGCCAGAUGGAAGACUUCUUGAAGGCAACCGUGUACUAGACUGGUGGGGAAAGAGUCACUAGAAUGCCCUAGGGAGUCCCAGCGUUGUAGGCGGGAAGGCGUCUUCUCCCCAGAAAGCAGAGGUGUGGGGGAAGGAGGGAAAGCGGGGAGCGCUGGGGGGGCCCCCCCGCGGGCCCCGCGAAGGAGAGAAUCCCACUUGGUUUUACCACUUCCGCCACUCUCCCAUGUCGGAUGACUUGCACUUUUUAAAGAGAAUGGCUUUAUAACACUAAUACAUCCUUCUCGAGAUUUGAGUGGAUUUCUCUCUGAAGGUCUAUGGACUUGACUAAGCUAAGAGUCCACAAAACAGAGGGUUACCUGUGGGCUGUUUCUGGACCACACAGAUGGAGAGAGCACUUGGGUUAGAACGAAAGCAAAAUGGUAAGUGCAGGGUUGAGACCCUUUUAAACAGUGUCAGAGAGCAGAUAAGGACACCGAGAAGAGCGGCUUCCGUGCAGAGUGGUCUCGGAAGAAACCGAAACCCCAUUUUUAUUUCCCUGGAGUCUCAAAGUGGCUGGUUCAAGGAGUGUCCUGUGUAAAGAAUUGAGCCAGGGAAGAUACCCACAUGGGCAGCCUGAGUGGCUUUUGAGGGGACAAGGGUUGUGCACACAGGAGUAAUUAUUCUGCACCAGCAGUGCCUUUCAUGGGGGUACUUGGACCCUCAGAUCCUCUUCUCUAAUAGCCAUUUGCCACCUUGGGUGGUGUCUGGGCCAUUUCCCCUUUAAAUGCCCUCCCUGCCCUCCCUGCCCUCCCCAGAUGCUGAAUUUAGCUUUCAAAGAAGGGAAUGAAUCAUAAAGCCAGUGAAGACUCCACCCUCUGUGCUGAGUUCCCCAAUCUGAAGGGGAAGAGGGUGACUUCAGCGGGUUGUCUACCAAAAAUAGCAGGCUGAAGGCUGGUGAUGGGUCCUGUUCCUCUCCUGGUCUCCCUCUGGCUGCUCACCUCUGUCCCCUCCUGGGGAGGGCCGCCCCUGCCUUAGUCCUUGGGCCACCGGACAGACAGAAGGCUUCUUCGCUGCAGUGUUGGAGCAAUAAAAUGUGAUGCUCGGGGUUCCCCCCAGGGAGCUGCCCGUGGCUUUAUUUAUGAAUCUGGUUUUUGGGGAGUCAGGGGAGGAGAUGCCUCCGCUUCAGUGCAAAUCCCCUCUUCCAGGAGCCAUGACUCAAAAGAAGGGUGCUCGGACUUUGUUAUACACAUUUGCUUUGUGUAAAUAAAUGUUUACAAUUUUAUAUUAAAGAGGAAAUAAGCGUUAGAGUUUCUGACUGUAUAUUUUUUACUUUUAUAGAUUUUAAAACUAUGAUCCUUUAUAUAUGUGUUUUGGGGGAGCUAUGAUAAGUUUUAUGGCAAACGGUUGGUAUUGUUAACUUUUUAUUGUCAUCAAAGUGCAUAAAAAUCCCAUUAAUCCCCUUAUUCUUCUACCGCCCUUAACUCUGGUAUACACCAAAAAGAAAUCUUUACUCUCCUUUUAUCAUUAUAAAAUAAUAAAAGUAUUUUGCUAGUA